UUUUGAUUUCUCUUUAUGGAUGAAAAGAACAAGGUAUGCAAUCUAUUGCAUAGUUACAAGAUAAUACAUUAUGCCAGGUUUCAGUAAGAAUAAUUAUAUCAAUAUUGUUGAAGUACACAGAUAUACAGAAGUUAAAAGAUGUUAUUCUUCGUUUAAGUGCCCCAGAUUUGAGAUUCAAUAAUCACAUUAUAAUCUGUGAUUGUACCUGUGCUGGAAUAAUGUUUCAGUCAAGAUUCGAAGGAAAAUUAUUCACAGCAUUCUUUAGCGUCGGCAGCCAUCCGCUGGAGAAUUGGGCCGUUCAGUGCAAAGGAGGAGAAAUGAAACAAGUUCAAGACGAUCAGAUGAAGUCCAACGUGCUCCAGAUCCAGUCAAAAAACGUGAACGCCUGUUGUAUAACCUGUCCGAUGAAUCCCAAAGAUUCGAUUGGUAUUCGGCUGCCAUUCGUGACGUUAAUAGUGAAAAACCUCGGUCAAUUUUUUACAUUCGAGAUCACAAUUUUGGACAGCGAAAACAUUCGCCGGCGUUUACGCAUGAGCAGUUACCAUGUGAAAAAAAAGUUUAGCACGUUCAUGAUCACGAUGCCGGUUUCUAUGGACAUGGGUUGGAACCAACUGCACAUGAACUUGGCCGAGUUCACAAUCACCAGUUUUAAUACGACGUAUGUGGAGACAGUCUGCAUUAAAGUGCACGCCAACUGCCGGCUGAGGAGAGUAUAUUUUAGUGACCAGUUGUACAAUGAAGAUCAGCUUCCAAUGUCGUACAGGAUGCACAGGACCAUGGACGUGCGGGAGAAACCGAAGUACUUGCUGAGAAAAAAAGCGGCCAACGUUGACAAAAAAUCGACAGCCGACAAGUUGUAGAGCAGACUAUUAAUGAAUAUUAUCCUACCAAUAAACGUCUGACUGUGUGGAAAAUGUAUUGA